ACCUGUCACUUAAGAGUCUAAACAGAAAACAAUUAUAUUCGUGUUUGUGUAUUGAAAAACUUUGUUAGGUGAUUUUUUAAAGAAAAAAAUGUGUACCAUAAAUAAUAUUAAAGGAGACGUUGAGAUCCAAAGAUUGCCGGUGAAUUCCGAAGAAUAUUUAAUCAACGAUUGGACUAUUAAAUAUACAAAAUCGCACAUUUUGCAUUCUAUGUGCACCACCAGCGAAGUAUGCAGCUCACUGCCCGAAAAACGUUGCCUUUUAUGUGUGUACUUAAAUGAAUUAGAAUUACCUCAUCUACCCGAAAUGGUGUUCGCCAACAACAAACUAAUUUUAAACCACAAGUCCGGUCUCUCGGUGGAUUUCAAUGCUUUGGACGCUUUGAGAAGAGUCAGCAAUGGAAAACAAUCCAUCAAAGUAGCCCAUUCGGACACAUGGAAAGACUCCAGAGCUCCUGAAAACCUGGAAGAGAAAAUCAAGCCGUUUGAUUGGACGUUCAGUUCAGAUUACAGAGGUGGAGUGUCAGGCUCUUCCUCGAUGAGUGAAACGGACGAACGCAUCGACAUCGAAAGAUUAAAAGAGAAGGAGAAAAUUUUAUUCUAUCAAGAAUUAAUGCUGUACGAAGACGAACUCCACGAUAACGGAAUUUCCUCUUGUACCAUUAAAAUUCGUGUGAUGCCCAGUUCGUUCUUCGUUCUCUUGAGAUUCUUCCUUCGCGUAGAUAACGUGAUGGUUCGCAUCAAUGAUACUCGGGUGUUCCACGAUUUCAACAGCGAUUACGUGUUGAGAGAGUACACUAACAGAGAAUGUGGUGUUACCGAACUGAAUUUACCGCUCACUGUGUUUGGCGAUCCCAAUUUGUUAUCGCCUCAUAUGCCUUUAAGGACGGCCGUUUACGAGAAAAUCAAGAUUCCCGUAUGUAGCGAUCUUAAUUAAGGUUUAACGAUGUAAAUGAGGUUCACGGUACUCUAUCGAUGGCGUCAUAUUUAACGUUUUUCGAGCUUGAAACAGACGAAAAAUUCUUCACAAAAAAUUACAAAGGUAGUACAAUAUUUCAGCACGUGACGUCAUCGCUAGAUUAUCGUAAAUCUACUAUAGGUAGUUUUUAGUCGAUUUUUUUUAUUAUAUUAACGGGAUGAAAUAAGUGUAUAUAAAAUAAAUAAUUUCUUCAUUCCGUCAUUUUGAAUUACUAUAAUUUAUAACAUAUAAG